UCUGAAAUUCCGAAGUUCCCACCCCUACCAACUGUUGCUCGCCGGAAUCGUUCGCGCCGCCAUGGGGAGAAGGCCAGCAAGGUGUUACCGCCAGAUCAAGAACAAGCCAUACCCUAAGUCCCGCUUCUGCCGUGGUGUCCCUGACCCCAAGAUCAGGAUCUACGAUGUGGGGAUGAAGAAGAAGGGAGUCGAUGAGUUCCCCUUCUGCGUCCACUUGGUCUCGUGGGAGAAGGAGAAUGUCUCCAGCGAGGCUCUCGAGGCUGCACGCAUUGCCUGCAACAAGUACAUGACCAAGACGGCUGGCAAGGACGCUUUCCAUUUGAGGGUCCGUGUCCACCCGUUCCAUGUCCUCCGUAUCAACAAGAUGCUUUCGUGUGCUGGAGCCGAUAGGCUCCAGACGGGUAUGAGGGGUGCAUUCGGCAAGCCACAAGGUGUUUGUGCCAGGGUGGCGAUCGGCCAGGUUCUCCUGUCUGUUCGCUGCAAGGACAACAACAGCACUCAUGCUCAGGAGGCUCUUCGUCGAGCCAAGUUCAAGUUCCCUGGUCGUCAAAAGAUCAUUGUCAGCAGGAAAUGGGGGUUUACCAAGUUCAAUCGUGCCGACUAUGUGAGAUUGAAGCAAGAUCAGAGGAUUGUGCCUGAUGGUGUCAAUGCUAAGCUUCUUGGAUGUCAUGGACCAUUGGCAAAACGGGCGCCUGGACAAGCCUUUUUGACGUCUGCAGCUUAGAACUCUGUUCGCCCUUUCCAUAGCAGUAGUUAAUCUUCCUGAUGAGGAACAUCAAAACUCUUUUCGGCAUUUUGUGUUGGGGUAGAUUUGCUUUGCCCUUCGUUAUAUGAGGAUUACGUAAAACGUUGGUUUAUUGUUCUGUGGCUCGUCUGAAGUAUGAUUGAUUCUGUUCUCACAUUCUAUGGAUCAUUUUGUUCAUGUCGUUGCCUUUAAGUUUCACAUUCAUUAUAAGCCACAAAACCAGGAGGUAUAUCCCUGAGGUUUUCUGGCUCUGAAAAUCCAUUUCCUUGUUACGCGGAGCGUGUACUACGAUAUUCAUGUUUGGUGGAGUGAAUUGUUCUAUGUUCAUGUUAGUCUUCUUAAAUGUAUGUUAGUAAACUGAAUCAUUGAUC